AUGGAGGAGAGGAAAGGCCUUUGGGCUCUUUUAACUGGUUCUCAGCAGGUGGAUCUUCCUUGGUUGGUGGUUGGGGACUUUAAUGCAGUGUUUGAGUUUGAUGACCGCAUAGGGGGUAGACCGGUUACUGAAUUGGAAGUGGAGGAUAGUAGUCUUUGGAGGGCUAAUGCUAUGUUGUCUAAGAUUCAUUUGAAUGGCUCUCAUUUCACCUGGUCUAACAAGCAAAAGGAGGGAUCUAGAAUUUUCUCUAAAUUGGACAGAUGUUUUGUCAAUGAAAAGUUGAUAAAUGCUCUUCCCGAUUCUGAAGUUCGAAUUAAUUGGGAUACUAUUUCUAAUCACUAUUUUUGCAUUAUCAAAACUGUCCAGUUCCAGAUUUUAGGGGUCAGACCCUUCAGGUUUUUUAAUAUGUGGACUAAGGAUAAGGAUUUUAGGAAUGAAGUUCUUAGUAUUUGGAGUAAACAGACUGGUGGUACUGGUUUAUUUCAGAUUACUCAGAAAAUAAGGAGGCUUAAACCUAUGUUAUCUAAGUUUAAUCAGAAGCAAAUUGGUGAUGUUGUUCAGUUGUAUGCAGCUGCUAAGAUGAAUUAUGAGAAGGUCCAACUGUUAUUACAGCAAUCUCCUGAGUCCAGAGUUCUGCAACAGGAAGAGCAAGAGGCUCGUGAUGAUUUUGUUAGUAAGUCUAAAAUGUAUGAGAGCUUUCUUCGUCAAAAGAGCAAAAUUAAUUUGCACCAUUUUGGAGAUGAAAACACUGCUUAUUUUCAUGCUAGUCUUAAGCAGAGGAGGAUUAGGAACUACAUUACUUAUUUUUUAAAUGAAGAGGGUCAGAUGAUUGAUUAUAAUGAAGAAGUGGUUGCUCAUUUCUUCAAUCAUUUUAAAGGGUUUCUUGGCAAGGGAAGCUCAGCAACCAGUUGGGCAGACAAGUCUUAUUUAGGGGAUGAUAUCUCCGAGGCAAUAUUACAAUUCUUUGAGCAUGGAGAGAUUCCAGCAGAGUUGAAUAGCACCAUUUUGUCCUUAAUCCCUAAGGUUGUUUCUCCUGUUUCAGCUGUGGAUUAUAGACCUAUAACUUGCUGCAAUACGCUGAAGAAUAUUACUCCUAGGUGUUUGAUUAAAAUCGAUUUGAGUAAGGCUUAUGAUUCAAUAGAUUGGGUUUUUUUGGAUGAUAUUUUGGCUACUUUCUGUCUUCCUAGUAAGUUUAUUCAGUGGAUCAUGAUUUGCUUAACUGAUACUUCUUAUUCUUUAAUGAUGAAUGGGAGGUUACAAGGUAGCUUUGCAGGGAGGAAAGGCUUAAGGCAAGGAGAUCCUAUUUCACCUUUGCUCUUUGUGUUGGUAAUGGAAUAUCUUACAAGGCUCCUUACCCAAAUUUCUCAACAUAGACAGUUUCAGUUUCAUCCUCUCUGUAAGAAUCUUCAACUUGUUAAUCUCUGCUUUGCAGAUGAUUUGAUCCUAUUCUGUAAGGGAACCUUCAAAUCUGUUAAACUUCUAAUGGAGGGUUUUUUGAGAUUUAGUCAGUGUUCAGGGCUGUCUGCUAACCUGACUAAAUCUCACAUUUACUUUGGGGGUGUGGUGGCUGAUGUUAAGAAUAACAUUCUGAGUUCAAUUGUGAUUGAAGAAGGGCAUUUUCCCUUGAAAUAUCUGGGAGUUAAUCUGAAACGCAUUAGAUGGCAAGUUGCUGAUUGUAGUGAGAUUAUCAAGAAGCUGCAAGCUAGACUCCAUGUUUGGGCGUGUAGACAUUUAUCCUUUGCAAGGAGAACUCAGUUGAUUUUCUCGGUUUUACUGGGUAUUCGUAACUAUUGGAUGCAAAUUUUUAUGCUUCCUAUAAGUGUUAUUCAAGAAACUGAUAGGAUUUGUUGUAAUUUUUUAUGGGAUGCCAAUGGCCAUCGUAGUAAGUUUCAUUGCUCCUCUUGGUCUCAAGUUUGUCUCCCUAAAUCAUUAGGUGGUUUGGGUUUUAAAGAGGGCUCUAAUUGGAACAAAGUUUUGCUGGCCAAGUUCAUUUGGGUUGUGUCUUCGAAGCAGGAUGUUUUAUGGGUGAAGUGGAUUGAUUCCAUUUAUCUUAGAGGUCAAUCCUUUUGGUCUUAUCAGCUGAAACCUGAUGUGAGCUGCUUUUCUCAUCAGGUUUGGGAGCUGACUAAAGGUUGGUUAGGCUCUGCCAUUUGGCCCAAGACAUUUGCUCAAUGGAAGCUGUGGUUAGAAGGGAAGCCCAAAAAUCUUAUGCAUCACAUUGCUGUUGCUUCCUUGGCUGCUGCGGUCUAUGGCAUCUAG